AUGCCACCUCAACCAGAAAAGGGCGAAUGCCCAACCACGACCGUCACUAUGACACAAUACGCCGCAACCAUAACCAAAACGGUCGGGAUCGACGACAUCCACAACGCCACCUCCACCUCAUCGCCCCCCACAACGAUCAAGACCAUCUCCCUGUACCACAUCAGCCACAACUCAACCCUCACGACCUCCCACAAACCAUCCACAAUCUCCCACUCCGCCACGCUGACACCCAGCCCAAGUCCGUCUGACGCUGCGUCCGACGCCUCCCAUCAGGCCGGCCGAGUGGCCGGUGACGUGAUCGGAUCCCUCGCAGGUCUCGCCCUCCUCAUCUUCCUCCUCGCCUGGUGCUGCAAGCGCAAGAAGCAAAUUAAGCUGAAGCUGCGGUGCAGUCGGGAGACCAAGGAGGAGAAGGAGGCCGCAAGGCAGGAAGAGGAGCGGAAACGUGCGGAGGAGGAGCGGAAGAAGGCGCUCGAGCAGCUCGAGAGUCGGCCUGGUGAUCUGGCACAUUCAGGCCUUACCUUUGGCUUUGCUGGGUUGGGUGGAGGGGAGAAGAAGGCGCUGCCGCUGCGCCGACGAUCCCUAGGAAGCCGGUGA